AACGAUUCUUUGUUUCCUUCUCACUGCUCGUUCUGUGAAGACGUAAAGUAAAAAGUCCUUUGACCGCAUAAGUAUCGAGCCCCGACUUCGAUUCAUCGCCGAACGAGACUCGACUCAACAACCCGACGUUCUGGUACUUUCACGAAUUCGCGUUUCCCGGUAUCACCGGGAAUCAAGGCUGCUGUCAACAUGUUCGACAUCUUGCCCAACCUACUCUCCUCUGUCGCCUCCUUCCUCUUUCCCGUUUACGCCAGUUACAAAGCUCUCAGGAGUUCAGAUCCGGCCCAGUUGACACCAUGGCUUAUGUACUGGGUCGUCAUCUCCUUCGUUGUCCUCGUUGAAUCGUGGGUUGGUUGGUUCUUGGUGUGGGUCCCCUUCUACGCCUUCAUGCGCUUUGUCUUCCUCCUCUACCUAGUCCUUCCCCAGACCCAGGGUGCCCGCGUCAUCUACCAGACCCACAUCGAGCCCUGGCUGGAGGCCAACGAAGGACAAAUCGAGGACUUCAUCGCCUCGGCCCACGAGCGUCUCAAGGCCGCCGGCCUUGCCUACCUCAAGCAAGCCAUCGAAUACGUCAAGACCCAAGUCCUCGGCAUGCCUCCUACACCGCCCGAGCCCGCGUCAGCCUCCUACGGCGGCGGCGCUGGCGCCUCUCAGACUGCGCAAUCCUAUACCCAAUCCCUCCUCGCCCGGUUCAACGUACCGUCUGCUCGCCCGGGUGGCGCUAACAACGCCGCGGGCGGCGCUCUUGGAACCGAUUUCUAUAGCUUCCUGUCCUCGGCGGUGACCGCCGCCAGCAACGCUUACUCGAACAAGGGUUCCGGCACCCAAUUCGACCGCGACGUCACCCCCACCCCGGGCACCGGAGGCGGAGCUUCCAGCCUCGUUCCCGAGAGCAUUCGCGGCGUGGACGCCCGCAUCUCUUUCAUCGAAGCCCAGCGCGAACGUCUUAACACGGUCCUCAACGCGCUCGACCGCGAGGCAUCUCAACUCCAGAACAACCAGCAGCAGAGCGGCGUGCCGGGCUUCAGCUUCGACGGCGCCGAUAUUGGACUCACUUCAAGUGCUGGCAACCCUUGGCAAGGUUCAAGCUCCCGCAGCGGUAAGAACUCGCGCUCCAUGAGCGAGCACAGCAGUGUGAGUGGGGGUGGGCUGAGCCGCAACCGGUCCGAGGCGGACUUUGAGAAGCUCGAGGCCGAGAGCGGCGAGGAGGAGAUUAUGGAUGACAAUGGGAGGAGGGUGAGGCAUAGGCCGGGGCCGAAUGCUCAGGGAAGCAGCGGUUGGUUUGGCUGGGGUGCUGGUGGUGCCGAUGACGCUGCUGCUGCUAAGAGCACUGGGGUUGAUAAGUAGGCGACGAUGACAACGACGGCAUCUGGUAUGCUGGUUUUCGCUACGACCUUCCAGUCAAGUGUGCAUAAAACUGCCGGGACAAAGAGUUCCGUAUGAUAACCCCAAGGAUACAGUCAUCCUGGACUGGGUUACAACGCCAGGUUUACCACUGGACGUUGGAGGUUGCCUGAGGAAAGCUUGGAAACGGAGUUGGGCCUCAUAAUUCACUGUACACGCAGUAGGCAAGGCUCUCGGUGUACCAGAUAUGAGAACGCCAUCCAAGCCAUCCACCAACUUCACAACUGAUCCCGCUUGGGACAGGCCCGCUUUCAUUAGAGGUUAACCCUCAUUCCCAUGUGAACUUUGUCUUUUGCUCCUUGUUGCCUGUUGGCAGUCAUGUUUGCUCAGUGCCAUCGUGU